GUUAAUUAUUCCGGUAACAAUAUUUCUAGACUGGAUUUCUAGCAAUAUAACGAGAACAGAGUAGACAACAACACGUCGGACGUCGAGCAAAUGUAGAGGACUGCGCUCCAGAUAAAUUAGAUUAUUGGAUUGACUGACAGAUUAUUUAGCUCUCUUAUUCCGCGAUGCUUCGUGAGAAAAACACGUCAAUGUAAUCGUAUUUUUUCACCCCAGAGUUCGGAAGUAUUAAAGCCAUGCUGACAAGCUUUAUGGAAGGUCUUCUCUGCUGCCUUCCAUCAAAGUCAACCAAUGUCGUGGUUCCCGUCGAGACGUCCGAACCCAUCGACGGUUUCGAGUUCGUCGAAGUGAAACCGGGCCGGGUGCUUCGUGUUCGACAUCUGAUCCCCGAGCGCUCGGUGGUGGAGCAACCCGCGGGACAGGUCGGGUACGUCAGCUGCAAGAGGAGGAUCUCGGUCUUCUGCAACGGGCAGUUGUUCAUCGAGAACCUCGGCGACAAGGCGGCCGCGGAGCUGAAAACCUGCCAAAAUGGUGACACGGAACCAAACAGCACCGUCGAGGUCGAACUGACACACUGCGGCGACGCUUCGCCGCUCGACGAUGUUCCCGGGUCGGACUCGGUCACGGCGGGAAAGGUCGUGACGUCUGAGACGGGAGCGGUGGCGGACGCGCCCGCCGCUUCGCAGCCCGAAACGUCGCAGAAGCGACGCAGGCGGAAGCUCAAGCGCACCGUGGUGAUUGACUGCCAGAGGAAAAUAUCGGCGUGUAAAGGGACGCAUACGGAUGUUGCUCUGUUCUUCAUCCACGGCGUGGGAGGCUCUCUGGAUAUCUGGAAGAGCCAGUUGGACUUCUUUUCGCGACUGGGCUAUGAGGUGAUCGCCCCUGACCUGGCGGGCCACGGCUGCAGCUCCGCGCCUCCGAUACCCGCCGCGUACACUUUCUACGCCCUGGCGGAAGACAUGCGACUUAUCUUCAAGAGAUACGCACGCAAGAGGAAUAUUCUCAUUGGACAUUCUUACGGUGUGUCAUUCUGUACAUUCCUGGCGCACGAGUAUCCGGAGCAGAUCCACAAGAUGGUCAUGAUCAACGGAGGCGGUCCCACAGCGCUGGAGCCCAGCCUCUUCUCUGUCUUCAACUUGCCUUCAUGUGUGCUCGACUGCCUCUCUCCGCUGCUCAGCUGGAGUUUUCUCAAGGCCGGUUUUGCUCAUCAGGGUGCAAAGGAGAAGCGCUUGCUGAAAGAGAACAACGCCUUCAACGUUUCGGCUUUCGUGCUGCGUGCCAUGAUGAGUGGGCAGUAUUGGCCCGAGGGGGAUGAAGUCUACCACGCUGAGAUUACUGUGCCCGUCCUGCUGGUUCAUGGAAUCCAUGACAGGUUUGUCCCCGUUGAAGAGGACCAGAGAAUGGCAGAGAUCCUCCUCAUCGGCUUUCUAAAAGUCCUGGAAGAUGGCAGUCAUAUGGUCAUGAUGGAAUGUCCAGAGGCUGUCAACACACUCCUGCAUGAGUUCUUCCUCUGGGAGCCUGCAACGCCCCCACUUCCAAAGCCCAAAGCCCGGCCAGAGACUGCCAAAGCCCAAAGCGACACCAGUAAAACCGGAGCCAACCCCGCCAAGGUCCGACCGGCGACUGCCUUGCAGGCCUCAUUAAAAAGUGAAGCACAAGUCAAGUUUGACAGGGGGGACAAAUAA